AUUUAUGUACAUUCUGUAUAUGUAAGAUACGACAUACUGUACUAUGUUAGUAUUUUGCAUGCAUACAUGUGUUUGAAUAUGCAAACGCAUAUACAUACAUAUGUAUAUAUGGACUUUCGUACUAUCUAGAAAAUAUAAAACAUGCAAACUAAAUUCUGAUUUUAUAUUAACUCUUGUUUCAUUUCCUUACCUUAUGCGCGCGUGCGCACAUGCGCACUCACAAUUUACGCAGUAAUGUGCGAAUGUAAAACUCUGUUAUCAGAAAUAAUAUCAACAGAAAUGUAAAUAUUUUAAUUUUAAAUUGCCGUUGUUAUUUGGCUUUUAAUCAGUUUUAAAUUAUCGGCCAAUCCUCACGAUUACAAAACACGUGUUUAUGCGCAUGCGCAUACCGAUUGAAGGCGCGGGAAAAGAAAGCAAUAGUCAACAAUUGCUAUUGUCAGCUGAUUAUCUUGAAUUUAAACUUAUGCUGUUUUCGGAGCAUAAAAGAGCGAAUUGUUUAUUCUUAACGAAAGUUCAGUUAAUAUUGUAGAGAAUACAUAUUUAUUAUUGUAUUUGCAAUAUGACGAAUUUUGGCAAUCGUAUUGUGAUUUUAAUUGACAUGGACUGCUUUUAUUGUCAAGUUGAAACAAGAUUACAACCUGAUAUAGCAGGAAAACCUUUAGCUGUGGUGCAAUAUAAUCAAUGGAAACUAGGAGGUAUUAUUGCUGUAAAUUAUGAAGCUAGAGAUUUUGGGGUAACUCGUCAUAUGCGUGGUGAAGAAGCAAAAUUGAAGUGCCCCGAACUCUUGUUAGUAAGUGUUCCAUGUCUUCGAGGAAAAGCAGAUACUUCUAAAUAUAGAAGUGCUGGACGUGAAGUAAUUGAAGUAUUAAAGAAAAAUUGUAAUAUAAUUGAAAGAGCUAGCGUUGAUGAAGCUUAUUUAGAUAUAACACAAAUUGUAGAUGAUAAAUUAGCUAAUAAACUCAAUGAUUAUGAAGAUGUCAUUUUACAAUUAAAAAAUACAUUUAUUGUUGGACAUUCAGAAAGUGGUGUUAAUAAUGAAGAGGAAAGAAGUAAAGGUCUUGAAACUUGGCUGUCUACGUUAUCAAUAGAUACUCAAGUACAACGCUUAUCAAUUGCUGGUGCUUUUGUUGAAAAUUUAAGAAAAGAAAUAUACGAAACUACUGGUUUUAAAUGUUCGGCAGGAAUUUCAUUUAAUAAGAUUUUAGCUAAGCUAGCAUGUGGGCUCCAUAAGCCUAAUCGUCAAACUAUAUUAUCGUCUUCCGCAAUCCCUCAUUUGUUUUCAACGCUUCCUAUAAAAAAAGUAAGAAAUCUUGGAGGAAAAUUAGGCGAUAUCGUCAUUGAUUCGUUACAAUGUAAUGUUAUGUCAGACCUUCUACAUUAUUCUUUGUCGUAUCUUCAAAAUCAUUUUGAUGAAAAAACAGGAUUAAGAUUGUAUAAUAUAGCUCGAGGUAUAGAUAAUGAACCGGUAACUCCAAGAUUAGUUUCUAAAUCUAUAGGAGCUUGCAAAAAUUUCCCAGGAAAACUAGCUAUUGUUGAUAAAGAUUUCCUUAAACACUGGCUUUCUGAAUUAUCAGCAGAAGUAUGUGAAAGACUUGAACAAGAUUUAGAAGAAAAUGAACGCAAGGCAUCGCUAUUAACAGUUAGUUUUCAUUAUUAUCAAAAUAAAACUUCAGUGUCACAAUCUCGCUCUUGUCCAUUAACUUCCUAUAAACCAGAAAAAAUUUCAGAACAGUGUUUCAAUCUAGUUACUAAAGCUACGCACCAACCAAUCUCGUUUUUAGGAAUUUCAACUAGUAAAUUUAUAAAAGCUAAGGGAAGUGAAAAUUUUAUAAAUUUUUUUAAAUCAAAUGCAACCGACAAUUGUACAUCUAUAUCAAAUACCGAUAUAAGCGAAGUUAAUGAUAAUUUGAAAACAAAAAAUUCGAUGAAUGUCAAUUGUAAUAAGACUGAAAGAAACGAGAAACACAAAAUUAGCAAUGAUUAUAUAAUAAACGAAACGACAAAGAAUAAAAAUUUAGAGUCCUCAUCUGUUGAAAUAAAACAGAAUAAGACAUCAUCUCCUUGCAGUAUUAUUCAGCAUUCUUUAAAAUCGGACAAUUUUAAAAAAUCUUUCUUUAUGAAUAUUUUAACUCAAGAAAAACUUAAAACAGAUCAUUUGAAUUCAAUUACAAAUACACGUGAACAUGAUUUUGAGAUUCAUGAUUGCAAUACUACUUCAAAUGAGGAUUUACGUCCAAAUAACAAUGAUAAUAUCAAAAAUAGUAGUGAAAAUAUUACAAAAAAAUCUGAUAAAAAAAAACAAAAAAGUUCAAUGUAUGGUAAUGAUGAAACGACCAUUGGAAUUGAAGAAAUUUUUCCCGAUCUAAAUGAUAUAGAUAUCAACAUUGUUCGAUUAUUACCAUCACAUUUACAACAAGAAGUUAAAAAACUACUAAAAACAACAGAAGUGCAUGAAAAAAAUGUCACUUUAAAUAAAGCUAUUGAUAAAAAAAUAAAUAAAAACUCAAAAGGAAAAUUAUUUAAAUCUAAAUCUCAAAAUAAAAAAUCAAAUAUUGAAACUUUUUUUAUUAAUACUGCCGUAAAUAAUGAUUUGAAAGAAUUCAAAAAGUGUCCACAAUGUCAUCAAUUAAUUGUAAUAAAUAAAUUUGAUGAACAUAAUGACUAUCAUAUAGCAGCGACUCUCCAAAAAGAAAUUAAUCAAAAUUCAGAUAACGUGGAAACUAGAAAAAGAAAAGUAAUUACAAAUAAUUCUAAUCACUUAAAAAAACGAGUUAAUGAUCAAAUUGUUACUUAUGUAUCUAAAACAAAAUCUGGAUCAUCCUUUUUUCAGCAAUAAUUAUUUAGUUACAUUAAUCUAAUCUAAUGUUUAUGACAAACUGAAAAA